AUGGUUAAACCUAAUGCCCUUCGAGGCCAAAUGAAUCCUGAGUCAACUAACAUAUUUUGUGAUGGUCUGAUAGAAUACUAUUCGUGUAGACCAGUUCAUUAUGAAAAAUUGACUCUGGCUGAAUUCGCAGCUGACUUUGAAAUUAAAAGUAAACAUAAAUUAUCUAAAAAGUUAUCAGAUUCAGAAUAUGAUGAUACAACGGAUGACGAUGAAGUUAAUGAUGAUGUUUUUGAAGAAAAUAAUUCUCUCAUUGGAAAACCUAACAAGUUUUUGCACAAACGUAAGAUUCGAAAAAUCAUUCGAUACGUGAGAUUUAGUAUUGAUAAAAGUCCUGCUGACUUUUACAGGGAAAGGGUUAUGUUGUUUAUGCCAUGGCGAAAUGAACAUAGUGAUAUAGAAAAUAUAAACUGUCAAGAAGUUUAUGAAAAAAAUAUUCAACAAAUUGAGCAAGUUUAUCGACAAUUUAAUAAAAUCGAUGAAGAAGAAUUAGAAGAAGAUAUAAAUAAUGUUGAAAAGCAGCAAGAUAACAACCAGGAAGAAUUACCGCAGGACUGGGUCCCUCAUGAUGAGAUAGUGUUAGAUGCAGGGGAUUUUAAUGACAAUGGCAAUGAUGACGAUCAAGAUAAAAAUAAUGAUAUUGAUGGAAUGUUUAACGUGCAUAAAAUUGAUAACGAACAUUUUAUAAAUUUAGUUAAAUGUAUGAAUGAAGGUCAACGCAUGUUUCUCUAUCAUACUACUAAUGUACUGAGACAGCAAAUAUGGGGUUCAGGCGCAUCUAGUUUUCGAUGUUUUGUGACCGGCCCAGCUGGGUCUGGUAAAUCUGUACUUAUACGGGCUUUAGCUCAAUCCACAAUUCGAAUAGCUAAUCUUAGGCCAGAUAUAGAUGAUUUGUCACUCACUCCUGUACUACUUACUGCACCUACAGGAAAAGCAGCAUUUGGUAUAAGAGGUUUAACACUUCAUGCGGCAUUUAAAUUGCCAAUUAAUCAAUUUUCUGGAAUAUUACCAAAACUUGGCGCUGACAUAUCAAAUACUCUUCGGUGUCAUUUGGCAAAUGUCAAACUUUUAAUAAUUGAUGAAAUUUCUAUGGUGGGCUUAAAGACUCUUAGUUAUAUUGAUCAAAGACUUAGGCAUGUUCUACGUAUUGACAAACCAUUUGGUAAUAUAAAUGUUAUUGUUUUUGGUGAUUUUUACCAAUUACCACCAGUUUUAUCUACUCCACUGUACGAAUAUUUUGAUCAAAUAAUUGCAAAAUAUCCAACAGCAAUAGAAUUAAUAGCGACAAAAGCGAUAUGGGAAACUUUUCAGUUUUAUGAAUUACGAGAAAUUAUGAGACAAAGAGAUGAUAAAGAAUUUGCUGAAGUAUUAACUAAAUUAGCAAGGGGAGAAUUAAUUAAAAAAGAUAUAGAAUUUUUUAUGAAACUCGUAAAACCGUUGGAAAUUAGUUUUCAACCUGGAGUUAUGCAUCUAUGGGCAACAAAUAAAGAGGUGGACGAUAUGAAUACGAGAGUAUUAAACAGUUUAAAUACUACUAGUUUUGUAUCUGAAGCAAUAGAUACAACAGGGAAAAAAGUUGAUAUUACUGCUGCAAAGAAACUUCCAAGGCAAAAAACUAUGGGAUUGCCUAAAACACUUAUACUGAAGGUAACAGCGAAAUACAUGAUUGUUACAAAUAUCUGUACAGAAGACGGAAUUGUUAAUGGCGCUAUUGGUGAACUGAUGCAAAUCAACCGUACAAUAACUACUAGUGGUAAAGAAGUUGCUCAUAGAGUGUGGAUAAAAUUUGAUGAACCAGAAGUAGGCUCAAUUACAAGACAAAAAGUUAAAGGAAAGUUGUCCCCUCAAGGAGAAGUAUCCGACGACUGGUCUCACUGGACACCUAUUGAAAUUACGCACUUGGAAUUUCAAAUUGGAAAUUCAGAGAACCGGAAGGUAACUAGAACGCAAUUACCUUUAGUUGAGGCAUUAGCAUUGACUGUUCAUAAAUCACAAGGUGCAACAUAUGAAAAUGUUGCAUACCAUGUGCCUAAAAAGUAUUUACUGUGUAAUAUGCUUUAUGUAGGAUGCAGUAGAGCAACAUCAGCCAAGGGCUUAUGUAUAGACUAUUUUCCAUUUAAUCCACCUAAACCAUCUUCAAAAGUCAAUGCUGAAAUGGCUAGACUACGGUCUUGUGAAAUAAAACCUAAAUUUUCAUUUUUAACAUCAGACAAUCUGUCGAUAUAUUGUGUUUCACACAAUAUAAGAUCACUAAACAAAUAUUUCGAACACAUACUUGCUGAUAAAAUAUUAUUAAAAUCAAAUAUACUAUUUUUCCAAGAAACUGGAACAACAGAAAAUGAUUUUUAUAACAUUGAAGGAUUCACAGAGAUAUGUAGGAUCAACAAAGUGCAUGACAAUGGCAAAAGUGGUUCAAUAUGUUUCCUAAAUAAUAAUAUACGUGAUAUUUUCAAGUCAAGUGAACCCUUAGUUAUUACUCAUAACAAAGAACACAUGGAAAUUAUUUGUGUUAUCCUUGAUAAUUACACAUAUGUCGGAUUAUAUGUUUCGCCUAAAUUUCCUACAAACAAAAUGUGUGAAUGCUUAAAAAAUAUAAUUGAUAUUAAUGGAGAAAACAUAAUUUUUAUUGGGGAUUUCAAUAUAAAUUUCUAUAAAAUUCCAAAUAUUUUUAAUAAAAUUAUAGAAGAAAUGAAGUAUAAAAUACUUGUCAAUGAAAUUACAACAGACUAUGGUACUUGUAUUGACAAUGUCAUAACCAACACUGAUUUUAAUGUAAUUGUUUAUGAAAGUUUAGUGAGUGACCAUAGACCUUUGGUUUUAGUGAACAAAGAAAUACAACUUUCUUCCCGAUCUAAUAGCGAUGAAAGGAUUGAUAAUCAUUAUGUACCACCACUAAAAGAAAAAUUACGACUUUCAGAGGAUUUAGAUAAAAACAUUGAUAUUGUAUUGCAAUCAGUUGUACACAGAGAUAGAGAUGACGCUCUUAUCGUGCCUGGAGAUGACGUAGAAAUGAUUGAAGAUAUUUUUAAUCGUUCGAUGAGUAUCAUCGAUGACAAUGAUGCAUUAAUCGUACAAAAAAAUAAUGUAUCAUGUUAUUCCAACUCUGUUAUUCAAGCUUUAUAUCAUUGUGAUACGUUUGUAAGUACUAUUCAUAAAGGCCAAGCUGGAGAAAUAUUGAAACAACAGCUUAUUGGUUAUGAAAAAAAUGAAGUGACUGAUACGUUUGAAAUAAGAAAAUACGUGGAUGACACUUUAAACAACACGAUUUUUACUAGGAAGGAACAACAGGAUUGUGUAGAAUUUAUGGAAGCUUUAAUGAACUGUAACCGUAGUGUAAGUGAUACCUUAUUUAGUUUUACUGAAAGUUGUAUAAACUACUGCGAUUAUUGUAAAAAAAAAACUUGUAGUUCAGAGGAACGCAAUCUUGUGAAACGUUUAGAAUUACCUUCUAAUCGAAACCACAGUAUAGAACUAGAAAGUCUACUUGAAUUUAAUAAAAAAAAAUGGACAUCCAUUGAUGAUUAUUCUUGUCAAAACUGUAAUAAAACAGGUGGUUUCAAAAGACGACAUGAAAUAAUAAAAGCAAAUGAUUAUUUGAUAUUACAGUUGUCAUUAUUCAAUUCUAGUUGGAUAAAUGGUCAAUAUAUAAUUAAAGAUUCUAUUUAUACACCGUCAGUUACAAUAUUUCAUAUAGGCAAUGACACUAAAUCUGGACAUUACAUCGUAUAUUUAAAAGAAAAGUCUAGAUGGAUAUGUUGUGAUGAUAAAAAUGUGUCUGAAAAAAGAUGGCCAAAUAAUGGAAAAGGGGCGUAUUUAAUUAUUCUAAAAAAGGAUAACACAUCUGUCAAAAAAUUAGACAGUCUAAAUAGUCCAUCAAAGAAAAAUAGAUCUAAUGUAUUAUUGGAUAAUAAGAACAAUAUAUUGCAAUUAGUUAUACACGAAGAAGAUGAUUAUGCACUUAAGGUGCCUGAUGAUGUAGCAAUAAUGGAAGAUUUGUUCAAUCGCAACUUUGUGAUUGAUAUUUGUUUGGCUAUAAAGGCUAUCAAAAAUCAGGCAGAAUUUAGAGUUUUAUACUGUAAUGAAGUAACGGAAAUUUUAAGUAGUACAGAGUUAAAUAAAAAACAGAAAAUUAGAUAUAAUUUUGAAGAAAAUAGUGUAGUCAUUAUGCCGUGGCAUAUAAAAUUAUCAAAAUUGAAUCAUUGGAUUAUUGCAAUAAUUAAUUUCCAACUUAAAGAGUGUUACAUAUUGGACCCUAUGAAUCCUACUAAAGAUACAAAAUACAAUCAGCAAAAGUUUCAAAAAUUGUAUAGAGCUUUGAAAAAACAUUGUACUUAUGCUAAAAAACCUAUCCCUCGAGUAUCAUUGGUUCAAUGUAAAGCCAAAAACAUACCAAAACAAGUUGAUGCUUAUAACUGUGGAGUUUAUAUAAUAUACUACGCUAUCACAAUAAUGAAUAAAUCACAUUUUGACAAGAAGUUCAACCCUAAUACUUAUAGAAACGAAUUAAAAAGUUUAUUGCUAGAAAAUUCAGGUGACAUGGAAAACAUAUGUUUAUAUUGCCAAAAGUAUAUAGAACAUCACAGCAGAAUUGAAUGGGUUUCAUGCACUACAUGUCGUCGUCGAGUAGUAACUGAUUGUAUAGCUGAUCAGUAUAGACUAAAUGAUUAUAAAAAUGUUGAUUUCUAUUGUAUUUUAUGUGACAAGACUAAUAAUUAA